CUUGCAUAUUUGUUUUUGUUUUUCCAUUUGCUCCAGGUUGCUGGGUACAUGGGUGAAGACCAAUUGGGGCAAGCUCUGGAAGGAUGUGAUGUUGUCAUCAUUCCAGCUGGUGUGCCAAGGAAGCCUGGCAUGACCCGUGAUGAUCUUUUCAACAUCAAUGCUGGAAUUGUGAAGAACCUUUGCGCUGCUAUUGCUAAAUAUUGCCCCAAUGCACUGGUUAACAUGAUAAGCAACCCUGUCAACUCAACAGUCCCAAUUGCAGCUGAGGUUUUCAAGAAGGCAGGAACUUAUGAUGAGAAGAAAUUGUUUGGUGUAACUACCCUUGAUGUUGUUAGAGCCAAAACUUUCUAUGCUGGGAAGGCUAAAGUACCUGUUGCAGAUGUUAACGUUCCCGUUGUUGGUGGUCAUGCUGGCAUAACCAUACUCCCACUUUUUUCUCAAGCCACUCCAAAAGCCAAUUUGCCUGAUGAGGAUAUCAAGGCUCUUACAAAGCGUACACAAGAUGGAGGGACAGAAGUAGUUGAAGCAAAGGCUGGAAAGGGUUCUGCAACAUUGUCAAUGGCCUAUGCUGGUGCUAUUUUUGCUGAUGCUUGCCUAAAGGGACUGAAUGGCGUUCCUGAUGUUGUGGAAUGUUCUUUUGUUCAAUCCACUGUUACUGAACUUCCUUUCUUUGCUUCUAAGGUGAGGCUCGGAAAGAAUGGUGUGGAAGAGGUUUUGGGAUUGGGCCCUCUAUCAGGCUAUGAGAAGGAGGGCUUGGAAGCCCUCAAACCUGAAUUGAAGUCAUCAAUCGAGAAGGGAAUCAAAUUUGCCAAUCAGUUAUAGCAGAAAGAGUUCAUUGCAUUUUGAACCAAUGAAAAUUUUGCAUUUUUUGUCAAACUGCUGUCUCAUAAUGCCAGUGGCACCGGCUUUGCUGUUUGAAGUAGGGUAAGCCUUACAUACCAUAAGAUUAAUAUUCAAUAAUUCCCAAUUGCAUGCCAUGGGGAUGUCUGUAAACUAUUUAACUUGAAGGUGAGGAUUUUCAUUUACUUACUAGUCAAAAUUUCUAAAUU